CUUAAAUCCCUAAUUUCUCUAUGUGUCUCAAGUAGCUUAACUUUGAAUAAUUUCCAUGGCUUUCAUUGUCUACUACUUGUUCAUUCUCCUUCCAUUAUUCUUCUUCCUCUAUUUUCUGCUUACUUUACAUAUAUCUCGAAAUGAGAAUCACGUAAUCCCUAGAAGAUGGCCAUUACUUGGAAUGUUACCAAAGUCCCUUGUACACUCACACCGUGUCCACGACUACAUCUCUGAUAUACUAGCAUGUACUAACGGAACAUUCUUGUUUAACGGCAGUUCAAUACUCCGAGGGGAUAGGCUUUUUACUGCAAAUCCGUUAGACGUCCAUCACAUUUUGAGCAAAAACUUCAAUAACUAUCCGAGAGGUGAUGCCUUUCGUAAGAUCUUUGAUGUUCUUGGAGACGGAUUUUCAAAUACGGAUGGAGAAAUAUGGGAUUUCCACCAUAAAACAAUAUUGUCGCUUCUAAAGUCUCCUUGUUUUCAAAACCUAUUAGAAGAAACCAUUUGGAACAAAGUAGAAAUUGGGUUACUUCCUGUACUUGAAUACGCUUCAAACCAAGAGGUAGAGAUGGAUUUGCAAGAUAUAUUUCAAAGGUUCUCAUUUGACACUAUAUGCAAAUUGAUCUUCAAUAUUGAUCCUAAAAGUAUGUCCCUUGAUUUUCCUCACAUUCCAUGUGACAAAGCUUUGUCGGAGAUGGAAGAAGCAAUUAUGCUAAGGUAUAUCGUGCCCCCAAAAUUUUCAAGAAUCCAAGAACUACUUCAAAUUGGGAAUGAGAAGAAAAUGAGUAAUGCAUGGAAAACUGUUGAUGAAUUUAUAUACAAAUGUUUAGCUCAAAAUCAAAGUGAAGAAGUAAACUAUGAACUUCAAGAGGAUAAGUUCAAGUUAUCAACAUCUCUAUUGAGAGAGUAUAAAGACCAAGGUGGGAGUUCUGGUGAUCGAAACAAGUUUUUUAGAGACACGUUACUUAAUCUGAUGGUGGCAGGAAGAGAUACCACUAGUAGCGCUCUCACUUGGCUCUUUUAUCUUCUUUCCAAAAACCCAAGGGUAGAAGAUUUGAUUCGCAAAGAGCUUCAAACGCAACUAGAGAAGACGGAAAAGGAUGUGAACUUAAAAGAUUUUCAGGCACUAAAGUUGAACAAACUAGUUUAUCUUCAUGGUGCAUUAUCUGAGGCCUUAAGGCUUUUCCCUCCUGUUCCAUUUCAAGCCAAAAGUCCAUCACAACCGGAUAUCCUUCCAAGUGGACAUCAAGUUGAUAAAGACACCACAAUUAUACUAUCUUUUUAUAGCAUGGGAAGGAUGAAAUCGAUUUGGGGAGAAGAUUGUAUGGAUUUUAAGCCAGAAAGGUGGAUUAAUUCGGUGAGUGGAGAGAUCAUACAUCAACCAUCAUACAAGUUCCCCACGUUUAAUGCUGGACCAAGAACAUGUUUGGGUAAAAACAUGAGUUUCACUCAGAUGAAGAUAGUGGCGGCUACAAUCAUAUACCAUUACCAUGUAGAUGCCGUCAAAGGGCAGGGCGUGUUUCCAAGUGCCUCCAUUUUACUCAAGAUGAAGGAUGGUUUAAAAGUAAAGUUCACUAAAAGAAGUGAAGUAAAAGAUUGAGUGAUCAUGAAUGUUUGUUAUAUUAUGAACCAAUUGUGGUUAGUCUUAUAUUUUUACUUAUAUAUGAACUUAGAAAUUUAAAUAAAUCCAUAGACAUCAAAGAAUUUAUGGUUUAUACCAUUAUAAAUAAGGUGCUUAUAUGCAAAUGUAAAUUAUGGUAGCAUUAUGGAAGAGUCAUGC